AUGCAUCAGACCCCCAUGGCCCUCCCUGCAGGUGAUGGGACCACAGGAGGGUGGACCCAUGAAGCUCAGGGCAUUCCCAGGCAGGCCCUGUGUGAAAUAGUCCUGGUGGUCUUCUUUGGGACGGAGUAUGUGGUUCGGCUGUGGUCAGCGGGCUGCCGAAGUAAAUAUGUGGGCAUCAGAGGCAGACUUCGCUUUGCCAGGAAGCCAAUCUCCAUAAUAGAUCUGAUUGUAGUGAUCGCCUCGAUCAUUGUCCUUGGGGUUGGAUCUAAUGGCCAGGUGUUCGCAACAUCUGCCAUCAGGGGGAUACGAUUCCUACAGAUUCUUCGCAUGCUACACAUGGAUCGACAAGGUGGCACCUGGAGGCUUCUGGGAUCUGUAGUUUUCAUCCAUCGGCAGGAGCUGAUAACCACGCUGUACAUCGGAUUCCUUGGCCUGAUCUUUUCCUCCUACUUUGUGUAUCUGGCUGAAAAGGAUGCUGUAGAUGAGGAGGGGAAGACGGAUUUCUCGAGCUACGCAGACGCCCUGUGGUGGGGUGUGGUAACCGUGACAACCAUUGGCUAUGGAGACAAGGUCCCACAGACUUGGAUCGGGAAAACCAUAGCGUCGUGCUUCAGUGUGUUCGCCAUCUCCUUCUUCGCCUUGCCUGCGGGGAUUCUGGGCUCUGGCUUCGCUCUAAAGGUGCAACAGAAGCAGAGGCAGAAGCACUUCAACAGGCAGAUCCCUGCCGCCGCAUCCCUCAUUCAGAAUCUGUGGCGCUGUUAUGCAGCUGAGAAGCCAGACGGAUAUCCGGCAACAUGGAAGAUGUAUUUUCUGUCCAGUGACCUCACCCCCACCAUUGGCUCAGAAGAUUCUACUCCCAACUUCCGGAAGCUGAGCAAACGUUACAAACGGAAGCCCAAGGCUUCCAAAGACAAUGGUUCUGCGGGUGCCGACCGAGGACUGUCUGUCCCUCAGAUCACGUACGACCACAUCGAGGACAGAGAAGAGGGGAAGGAGGACCCCUUCCUUGUGGAGGAGUCAGCAGGCCUUUCAAGGACAUUGAGGCAGUCAGCCAAGAAGCGGCUGGGCAGUCCCUCCCCGGACAUAUCUCGGGCCAGCAGCUUUGUGGAUGACAUGGACAUGGGCUGCGAAGAUAUUGCCCUGCCAGCAGUCGCUGAUGGGUCAGGGCUGCUCACCAGUCCCCUAGUGGACAACCUCCAGGAUUCCACACGCCAUUUGAACACUGAAAGGUUGUCUAAUGCCCACAGGUCUGCUGUCAGAGUCAUGCGGAGGAUGCAGUACUUUGUGGCCAGGCGAAAGUUUCAGCAAGCGCGGAAGCCAUAUGACGUGCGGGAUGUGAUCGAGCAGUACUCCCAGGGCCACCUCAACAUGAUGGUGCGGAUCAAGGAGCUACAGAGGAGGUAUGGGUCUGUUGUCACGGCGAUGAGACGCGUGCUGAACUGA